AUGAAUAAUAAUAAUAAUAAUGAUAAUGAUAAUAAUAAUGAUAAUAAUGAAAUAUUAUUUUGGAAAGUUUUUAAAAAUGUUGUAAUUAGAAAUUUAAUAUUUAAAGUUAUGAGUGAACAAGUUAUAGAGUAUGAUGAUAUGAAAAAGUAUUAUGUUGGGAAUAGAGUUAAAUUUUCAAAUAUGACAUUAGCCUUAAUUUCAAAAAAUAAAUUAUGGACAAUAUUAAAAGAUAAAUUAAUUAGUAAUCAAUAUAUAAGAAUUGAUAAAAAAGGAUUAUCAAGUUUCUUUGAAAAUUGUAAUGAAGAUUUAGAUACAAUUAAAUUAUUAUAUAAAUUUAAAAAAGAAGAAAUCAAUUCAAUCAUUGACCCAAUAAAUCAAUCAAUAGAGAAUGAAAAUGAACUUGCAUUAAAAUAUUUCAUUAAUUAUAUUGAUGAAGAAACUGGAAUGAAAUUACCAAUAACAUUGGAUUCAAUUCAAAAUGGAUUCUAUAAGCAUAUAAACACCAUAUCCAUGCUUGAUGUACUAUAUAAAGAAUUAAGAAAUAAAUUAAAUAAUAAUAAAAAUAAUAAAAAUAAUAAUAAAAUUGAUAUUAUUAAAGUAUUUAAUAGAUUAAUUGUUAAAAAUGAAUGGGAAUUAUUAUCAUAUAUUUUUGAUAAUUGUUUAGAUGUUUUCAUUAAACCAAAUGAAUUAAAUUAUAAAGAAAAGCUUGGUUAUGGUUUAUUCACUUUAACCUAUAAAGGAAGUGAUGAAUUUAGAACUAAAUGUUUUAAAAGUGGAUUUAUAGAAGUUAAAAGCACAAUACCAAUUUAUUAUAUAUUGAAUAAUUACACUCAAUUUUCAUAUCAAGAUUGUUUAUUCCUUUUAAAAAUAAAUCAUUAUUAUAAUAAUAAUAAUAAAAAAAUUUCAACAAAACAAGUGAAUGAUUUAAUUGAAGAGAUGGUUGAAAAAGAAGGUUUAAAAUAUAAAGAGAAUAUAGAAUUUGAAAAAAUUAAAUUUAUUAAAUAUAAAAUUGCAAAAGAAUAUGAUAAAAAUAUAUUUUAUAAAGCUUAUUUUGAUGAAUUUGAUGAUAGAAUUAGUAAGGAAACAACUACAGAUUUAUCAACUAUUGCAGAAUAUACAUUUUCAUCAUUUUCAAUCAAUGGUUUAAAUUGUUUAAUUGAAAAUUCUUUUAAAUUUCCUAAACACCAUUAUGUAAUGUGCAAUCUUUCAAAAAUUGAAGAAAUAAAGGGUAGAAUAGUACAGUUUUUUAAGAUUUACUUUGAAAAUGAUAAUCAUUUAAACAUUGGGUUUUCAAGUUGGAAACCAGUUAGUGAAUUAAUUUUUUCAUAUCAAUACCCAUUUGAAAUCAUUAAUGAAUUAUUAGAUGUUUUCCCAGAUUCUCAUUUACCAUUUAUAAUUGAAAAAUUAAACGAUUUCACUGUGAAAUGUCCAUCAACAACUGUUAAAAUCAUUCAAAAAGUCAGUGAAAGAAUUCCAGGUGUAAUGUAUUUAAAAAGAGAAAAUUACUUUAAAGCAUUAGAAUUUUAUUUUGAAAUUUACACAGAACAACAAGUUGAUGAUUUAAAAUUCUUUGAAAAAAAAUUUUUUAUUAAUGUUUCAAGUGAUCAAGAAUCAAUAUCAACUUCAACAUUAAAAGCAAUAAAUAAUUAUUAUUCAGUUUUAUCACUUUCAUUAGAAUCAAUGGAAGCAAUUAAAAGAUGUUUAAUAAAUUACCCAAAUGCAGAAAAAGCAGUAAUAUGUAAAAAAUUAUAUAUUGGUUCAUUAAAUAAUUUAGAUAUUGAAAAAAUUAAACAAUUUAUAGAAAUAAUUGGUAUUCAAGAUAUUAAUUCACCUAUUUUUUGUCAAUUUCAUACAAAUUUUAAUUUUAAAAAAUUAACCAACAUUACUCAAGUUGAAAAUAUUUUAAAUAAUUUAAAUCAAUUACAAUUUCCAACCAUUAAAAUUAAUCCAAAAUUAACUUGUAUUUUUUUCGAAUCAUUAUUCGAUUCAUUUUCUUUUAAAGAAUUAAUUGAAAAUUGUCCAUCUUUUAAAUUAAUUGAUUUCAAUUCAUUUCCAAAUGAAUCAUUAGAAUUGGUUAUAACUAAUUUAAUUAAAUCAAAACAAUAUGAAUCAAUUUUAUUCAUUUUAAAUCAACUCUCAUCAAAUUCAAGAUUAUGCAUUAAAUAUGAAACUGAACCAAACUAUCUUUUUGAAUUUAAAAGUGGUGAAAUAAAUAUAAAUUUUAAUUUUGAAAAUCCAAAUUUAAUAAUUCAAGUUUUAAAUGAAAUAAUUAAAAAAAUAAACAUUCAAGAAUCUUCAAACUUUAUUGUUUUUCAAAUUUUAUUUAAUGAAUUAGUAAAAUGUAAAAAUAUAAAUUUUGAUCAAAUUAAUUUAUUCUUGGAAAUAUGUAAAUCAAAUAAAAUACAAUUGAUAAUUGGAUUUUAUCAUAUCAUUUAUUAUUUCAACAUAAAAAAUUUUAAAUUAUCAAAUUAUUUAACUUCACUUUAUUUACCAAAAAAAACAACCUCUUUUUCAAUGGUUAAUAAAUAUAAUUGUGGUAUAAAUUUUGAUUUUGGACAAUUUCCACUUGAUGUAAUUGAAAAAUUAUCAACAUCUCAAUUAUUAAAAAAAUUGGUAAUUUUAUCAAAACCUCGUGAUUUUUUCAAAAAUAAUAUAGAUUAUUUAUUUAAAAUUAAUGAAGAUAAAUUAGCUUUAAUAUCAAUGGAAAGAUAUUUAAAAAAUACAACAAACAAAGAUUCUGUACCCUCACAUUUUAUAAAAUUGUUGUUCAAAUCACAUUGGUUUUCAAAUAUUUCAAAUGUAAUUUAUGUAUUAGAAAAUAUAAAAUUUUUACACAAGAAUUCAAUUUUAGAAAGGGCAACACUUAAAAAAAGACUUGAUAUUAUGAAUCUUAUUUUAACUUUAUAUGACACAAAAGAAACAAAAAUAAAAUAA